UCGUUUCCAGGUCUCCAUCGCGUGAAAAGAUCUCAAAUUUUGCAGAAUAAAAUCAAUAAAAAUAAAAGUUUAUGUCGUAGUUCGCCGGAGUUUAUUUGUUUACUUUUUUGGAUUUUUUCUUCAAACUUGGAGGAGGCAUUGCCGAGAGGCUGGAAUUAUGCUUUUAGCAAGCUUAUCAUCUUCAAAAUGCUAUGCAGGGGUGGUUUCACAAAGGCUUUUACCAAUCCUGUGUUGUCGUCACAUUCACUUCAAAAGGGUUCAGUCAAGUGAUGGUGACAGUAGCCUCAUACCGUAUGAAGCGAGAAGGAACGCCGUGACGAUCCCAGCAAAGAAACAAGGAAGGCUAAACAAUGCUGCUGAUUUUGUAGUAGCAAAGAUCGAUGACCUGGUCAACUGGGGAAGGCGGAGUUCAAUGUGGCCGAUGACAUUUGGUCUUGCGUGUUGUGCAGUUGAAAUGAUGCAUUUUGCAGGACCACGGUACGAUAUGGAUCGCUUUGGGGUCGUUUUUAGAGCCAGCCCGCGCCAGGCUGAUGUAAUGAUCGUUGCUGGGACACUGACAAACAAGAUGGCGCCCGCGCUUAGAAAGGUGUAUGAUCAAAUGCCGGAACCACGAUGGGUUUUAUCGAUGGGAAGCUGUGCGAAUGGUGGCGGUUACUAUCAUUACUCGUAUGCAGUAGUUCGAGGUUGUGAUCGUAUUGUUCCGGUCGAUAUUUACGUCCCCGGGUGUCCGCCCAGUGCCGAGGCAUUGCUCUAUGGUAUUCUGCAACUACAGAAAAAAGUUAGACGGCAAAGACCUAUCGCUAUGUGGUACAGAAAAUAAGACGCCAUUUGCUAAACUGUGGACAUAUUUUUGAAAAAACAUAUUUUAUCGUGUGACUGUUAGGUUCACUAUAAAAAAUCCCGUAUACCGAAGUUGCCUAUCUUCUCUACUGAACGGCCUGGUGUUCCUGAUUUUGUUUAAUAUCCUGCAAUGUAUUUGUGAAAGGAAAGUAUAAUAAAGUUUAAAUUG